UCAAACUUGUAAACAAACAUGCUCGGCACAAAGUUUGAACAGUGCACUGGUUUAAAGCUUCAAUGCGGUUCUAGUAGUGGCAAAAUAGCUUCGAGUGUUUACUUUUCACUUCAAGGUAUUUGAAAUGAGUGCACCAGCAUUGUACAGGUACAGGACAACAAAACAGUUUUGUGAAGAACGCAGAACAGGACCUGAAGGAGCAAGACACAGGCCGCAUGCUCGAGUGAGAGAAACAGGGAUUCAUCUACGGAAAAUAGAGAAAGAAGUCCACGCAAUAUUUCUUCAGGAACUUCUUUCCGGCACCUCUUCUGUCUGAACGUAGCUGACCCUCUGACAACGCACUGCGCAUUAAAGAAGAGGCAAGAGAUUCUUGUGACUUCGAGUCAUCACGUGCCAGGCCCUUUGGAAUCACAACUCCAAGAAAAUGCAGUUCUCUCUGGAGUUCCGCAAUCAGCCCGUGAGAGUGCAAUCGGAACCACCUGAUGUUGCAUGCCUGCCACAACAGGGCCAGGUACAUCAACAGCACUGCAGCGAACAUCCUUCAGGAGGUGAUGCUUACGGAGUGACAGCUGGGAUGUGUGACGUUAAAGAGGAACCUCGAGAGGAAUCUUCAAAGGAACAUGCAAUCGUGGAAGUCAAAACGGAGCCUUAUAACGUUGCAGUCUUGACUGGACAGGACCAAAUGGGACACAGCAGUGAUUCAACAUCAGAAGGAGUGACAGCUGGGACAUGUCCUAUUAAGGAAGAACCUCGAGAGGAAUCUUCAAAUGAAGAUCCAAUCAUAGAAGUGAAAACAGAGCCUUACAAUGUUCCAGUCUUGGCGGAAGAGGAACAGAUGUGCUGUGACCCAACAUCAGAAGAGUUCUUCCAGAGCACAGACCUGCAGCAUCACAAGAGGACCCGCACAGGCCAGAAGCCAUACAAGUGUGAUGUCCGCCCUGCAGGGUUCUGCCGGAUCUCGGAUCUACGGGGUCACAAGCGGAGACACACGGGCGAGAAGCCACACAAGUGUGAUGUCUGUCCUGCAGAGUUCUGCUGGAUCUCGGAUCUACAGGAUCACAAGCGGAGGCACACGGGUGAGAAGCCACACAAGUGUGAUGUCUGUCCUGCAGAGUUCUGCCGGAUCUCGCAUCUACGGGAUCACAAGCGGAGGCACACGGGCGAGAAGCCACACAAGUGUGAUGUCUGCCCUGCAGAGUUCUGCCGGAUCUCGGAUCUACGGGAACACAAGCGGAGACACACGGGCGAGAAGCCACACAAGUGUGAUGUCUGCCCUGCAGAGUUCUACCGGCUCUGGAAUCUACGGGAACACAAGUGGACGCACACGGGCGAGAAGCCAUACAAGUGCGACCUCUGUCCUGCAGAGUUCAGCUGGAGCCGGGGCCUACUGCAUCACAAGCGGACACAUAUGAGUGAGAAGCCAUACAAGUGUGAUGUCUGCCCUGCGGAGUUCAGGGACAGUACGCGUCUAAAGGUUCAUAAGCGGACACACACGGGUGAGAAGCCAUACAAGUGCAAUGUCUGUGCUGCAGCGUUCAGCAGUAAUGACUGCCUACAGCAGCACAAGCAGACACACACGGGUGAGAAGCCAUACAAGUGCGAUGUCUGCCUUGCAGAGUUCAGCCAGGCCAGGUACCUUAAGCAUCACAAGCGGACACAUAUGGGUGAGCAGCCAUAGAAGCGCGACCUCAUCCGGCAAAAAUCAGCCACAGCGUCGAGUGACAAGCCAUACAGGAGCAUUCUAUAUGUUCCGCAAACUUCAGGCAGAUCACAAACCUGCCCCUUUGCGAGGGGGCUUUUAUGGGCGUGAAGCCAUACAAUUGCAAUCUCUGUCCUGCAGAGCUCAGCCACUGUACACACACACACACACAAGCCAUAGAACAAGCUGCUAACAGAACAGGAGCUAGUUCAGCCAGUACAUGACUGUGUGGUUUCACAAGUAGCCACGAGGUGCCUGGGAUAGCAACAGUACAAGUGUGGAGACCGUGUACACAAGAAAGAGGCCACCCAAGUGUACGAUACGCGUGUGAUACGCUUAUCAGGAGUUCAUGCACAUGUCAGCAGAUAAGCAUGAACGGAAGAGGGGGCGUGGAUCGCUUUCGGUAGGUUGGCUUUAAAGUGAC